CGGCCGUUUCUUGGAGACCGUUGGAAGAUUUAAAUUUCGAAAUCCUCUCUCUGAAGUCUAAAGAUCUUGAGAGACCCAGAAGGAGCAGAGAGAACGGAGAAGAAAGAAGCCCAUGUAUGAAGACCGCGGUGCUCACAUCGUCAUCUUCUGCAAGAACCCUUAGCAGCACCAUGGAAGAUCGAUCAGAAAGCCGUGACAGCUACUAUUUUCCGGGAUGCCGGAAAGAUGCCAACUGUUCUUGCGAAAUCUGUCUUGCGAGCAUCAAUGCGACUUUGGAUCUCAUGCCUAUGAGCACUCAACGAAGCUCUAUGACGAAGUUCUCAGCCUCAAAAUCCAAGGUAGAAAGAACCCCUGUUUCUUUCAAUCGUUCUGUCCUCUCCACACCCAAAUCAGAUGUGUACCAGAUUUCCACAACGCCGCCUCUCAAAUCGACUGGAAAAUCGGGUCCCUCUGAGAAAAUGAAGAAGAAACCUAGGGUUUUUGGUUUCAACAUCUGCAGAUUUUUAGUGGUUGCAAGCUUAAUUUUUGCCGCAGAUUCUUUGUUGGGUUGGUUGAUUUUGGGGCUUUUCAGCCCUGCAUUGUCACCUGAGAUUGUGAGGAGGGUGGGGGAGGAGUCUUACAUUCUGGAAGAUUGGAAUUCUAAACUAGACUUCUUGGAGAAGAAGCUAGGAGAUAUGGUUCAUUUCAAUGUCUCAAACUGCAGAUCCACUAAUUCUCUAUGGAAGCUAGAUCAGGAAGGAUUGCUAUUAAACUCGCGAUGUACAUUGUACAAAUCCAUAUCAGAGGAGUUGAGCAUAUGGGGAUGGCCUCUUCAAACUGCAGGGUUGCUUACAUCAGGGCUUUCUUCUCGGUCAUUCACCAUCUUGACAGGCAGAGUCACAGAGUGGUCAGAGGGGAGGCUUGGGUUCUCAAUUCGCAAGGCAAACAGUUCAUGGGUACAAACAAGAUGGAGUGCCUCAGCUGUGCAAAUGGAUUCUAAUACCUGGAUUCUUGAAUAUCGAUCCAGCUCAGUGUUGCAGAACUCAAAAUUCUUUAGAGCAGCAUUCGAGUUCUUGAAGUUCAGAAUGUCAAGAAUAGUUAGAGAGAUGAAGCAGCAAUUUUGGUUAUUGCCUGCUUUUUUUCACCAUUAUAGCAUUCAUUCGGAGGAUGUCGUUUACAGACAUCCAACUUAAGAUGUACCAAAUCUCAUGCCUUAUGAGACACUUUGAUCUAUUAGUAAAACUGCUGAUCUUAUUGAUUAAAAA